ACAAUGACCUCACCUUCAACAUCAAGUUUCCCAUCAGACAACAAUGGAGGAAGAGAUGAUCCGGAUGUGGUCAGUCAAAUUGCAUUGCCAGACGAUGUUAAUAUAACUCAGCUGAUGUCGUCAAUGGUGGAACGUCUUGAGUCAGUCGAUAAAACAGAUUGGCUACUCCGCCCAUCAGCUGGUAGGGAAUCCUGCUGCAUCUUCAAAGUACCUCAAUUGUUGGUCGAAGUCAACAGCAAGCACUACCACCCGCAUAUAGUCUCCAUCGGCCCAUAUCACCGCGGUUGCCAACAUCUGGAGAUGAUGCAGCAACACAAAUGGAGAUAUCUUCGCGACUUACUUGUUCGAACACCAUCAACUGGCCCCAAACUCGCUGAUUACUUGCAGGUUGUAGCUUUGGAUGAGGAAAAGAUACGAGAGUGCUAUUCUGAGACCCUCACCUGCUUGAGCAAAAUCGAGCUCGUUGAGAUGAUGGUACUAGAUGGUCUCUUCAUUAUCGAAGUCUUCUCCAGAUUUGAAUAUUUUGAAGAAAACUUGGAUGACACCAUCUUUAGCUCGGAAUGGAUAUUGCCUCACAGUGGCGGAGGCAGGAAAGGUUGGAGGAGGAGAAAACAAAAGAAAUUUGGGGGUUUUGGAUUCGGGUUAGGCUCUGUCUCUGUGCAAAAUAAGGCUGAAAGGACACGCUUGGUAUUUAUUUUUUUGUUCAGACCUGCCCAGGACACGCUGGGCAUUUUUUUUUUGUUUAAACCUGGCCCAAAACGACGUCGUUUUGGCCAGGUUUUUUUAAAAAUCAAACUGGCGCCACAACGCCUUCGCCUUCUUCGUCCUCUUCGUCCAACCUGCCCAGAAAACCAACGGGGUCGCACCAGGGGUCGUCCCACCAUCUCCAAGGGGUCUCUAAGGUUGCUUCCAUGGCUUCCAAGGGGUCGUGCGACCCCAAUGACCCCACUGUGGAUCCGCCACUGGCCUCAACUCAGGCUAGACUUUCUUCGGCUAGAAAACCAAAUUCCUUUUUUCGUUCUUCAACAGUUAUUUGAUAUGUCGAAACCUUCAAGAGAGGAUACUUAUCCGUGUCCGCCCCUUGGCAAGGCUGCUUUAAAAUUCUUUAACUACGUAGUGCAACAAAGAUCGGACAAGGUCUUGGAGCGAUAUUUCUAUGUAGGCGGAGUACAUCUACUCGAUUUAUUUCACUCAAUUUUUACCACCGGUAUUCGUGAUCCUCCUCGAGAAAAUCCUUCUCAGUCAGUUGAAUUGAUCGGAACAGUGAAAAAGCUUCAUCAAGCGGGAAUUAAGUUGAAGAAAAGCAAGGCAACCAACUUCCUAUGUAUCAGAUUCUGCAAUGGAGUGCUAGAAAUUCCGCACGUAAUAGUAGACGAUUACAGUAUCCACGUACUCCUGAAUUUCGUUGCAUUCGAACAAUGUUAUAUCGAUUGCGACAAGCACAUAAUCACUUAUGCUGCAUUCAUGAACUGCCUCAUCUGCAGGCCUGCGGAUGCAACCUACCUCUCUGAGAAGAACAUCAUCGAGAAUUAUCUUGGAUCCGACGAGGAGCUCACUCAAUUCUUCAACAAUAUGAGCAAAGAUGUUGGUUUCGGCGUCAUUGGGAGUUACUUACAGCAGGUAUUCAAGGAUGUGAACGAGCACUGCGAUAAUGUUUGGAACGUGCGAUGGGCAGGUUUUAUGUUGAAGUAUUUUAGAAGCCCUUGGUCUUUUAUGUCUGCCUCAGCUGUUUUGAAAGCCUUAUUACUCACAGUAAUCCAGACCGUUUUAUCCAUUUUUCAAUUUAACGGUCCACAGGAGCGUCGCGGAGGGUAGCAGGUUUAGGGCGCGCCGAUCAUCUCUCAAGUGCUCUAUGGGAUUUCAUUUCCUUACAAUUCAUUUGGUUUUGCAUCAUUUGAUUUCUUUGUUGAUUUGCCUUUUACUAAUUUCUCAUAUGUUUGGCUGGUGUGUAGUAUUUAGCUUUCAUAUAUGAAUCUAGAGUGUAUUUUACCUUUAA